AAUAAGAUAUAUUGUAAUGCCAUUAACAGCGCGACAACGAAGUAUUCAUAAUAAAAAUGGAGCCAAGAGAUCGGCUAGCUUUAGCAAAGGCAAACGAUCGCGCAAGUCAAGCGAAGGGGAGUACCUGUAUACAAGUGCUCCAUCUGAUUUGCGCAGUGUAGCAUACCCUGGUGGUGCAGUGGCGUUAUGUUUGUUAAUAUCGGCAAGGCUGGCUUCAGCAUACUGGGGGCAAAUAGCUGAUUGCGAUGAAACUUACAAUUACUGGGAACCUUUACAUUACUUAGUUUACGGUAAUGGUCUGCAGACGUGGGAAUAUAGUCCUACUUAUGCCAUUCGCUCGUACAUGCCACUGUGGCUGUUUGCAGUGCCAGCGAAGAUAUUGUCUUACGUGACCACUCCGGUGUCUGUUUAUUACACUCUUAGAGCUCUGCUUGCAAUUUUGACUGCAUGUGCGGAACUUAUGUUCUAUAAAGGUAUUUGCCAUGAAUUUGGAGUUCAUGUAGGAAGAGUAUGGCUAUGUUUUACACUUCCAGCUGCAGGAUGUUUCGCUUCUACAGCUGCAAUGCUGCCCUCUGCAUGGAGUUCUGCCUUGGUAUCAGCUGCAUUAGCCUGUUGGUGGAGAAAACGAUACACUUGUGCUGUCCUAUUAACAGCGGUGACAGUGUUACUGAGUUGGCCAUUCACAGCUCUCCUGGGAGUACCGAUAGCGAUUGAUAUGCUAUUCUUCAAAAAACAGUACCUAGAAUUCUUCAAAUGGUCUCUCAUAGCGCUGAUUGUCAUUCUAUUACCAUCUGUUGCGGUGGAUUCAUGGCAAUACGGUCGCUUAGUCGUCGCUCCAUGGAAUAUAGUUGCAUACAAUAUAUUUACCGAACAUGGCCCCGAUCUAUAUGGUGUGGAACCGUGGACAUAUUAUUUCGUGAAUGGAUUUUUAAACUUUAAUAUUGUAUGGGUGCUGUCGCUGUCGGCGCCGCUGCUGCUGUGCGCGUGCGCGGCGGCGUGCGGGCGGGCGGCGCGCGCGCCGUUCUGCGCGCCGUACGCGCUCAGCCUGCUGCCGCUGGCGCUGUGGCUCGCCGUGUUCCUGGCGCAGCCGCACAAGGAGGAGAGGUUCCUGUACCCGGUGUACAGUAUGGUGGUGCUGGCGGGCGCGAUCUCGCUGGACUGCUUGCAGAAGUUGACGUUCGCGGUCGGCACGGAGCUGUUCCGCUGGCGGAAGGAGAGAGAGAGACGGCACUACAUCGCUUACACUGGACCGCUCGUCGUCAUGUGUGUGCUGCUGGCGGGGGUUGCGAGUGUUUCUCGUAUAGCAGCUCUGUACAACCACUAUCAAGGUCCGAUGACUAUACUCCGCCAUCUUCCCGAUCAGCAAGGCGAACAAUUAAAUGUCUGCUUCGGUAAGGAAUGGUACCGAUCACCGUCGAGCUUCCACCUCCCAGACUCAUACAGGAUACGGUUUAUACCAAGUGAUUUCACUGGUCAGCUCCCUGCGCCUUAUGAUGAUGGACAUAACGCUACCCGCAUUAUCCAUCCGCACUUCAACGACCAAAACAUAGGUGACAAUCGAACCUACUUACAACCUCGCGAAUGCCACUACCUCGUCGACUCGGACAUUGGGACCCCUACCCCAUUACAACCCCCAUACCAUAAAAACGUUAAUACAUGGGAGAUAGUAGCAUCGGUGCCGAUAUUAGAUGCAACGAAGUCUCAUAGAAUAUUCAGAGCGUUUUAUAUACCAGUGUUGUCGAACAAAAAUGUCGUUUACGCGAAUUUGUAUCUAUUAAGGAACAAAAUUAUAGACGCUUAGGUCGAUUUUCAAAUGAAUUCAGUUAUUUUUACAUC